CAGCAAACGCGUACAGCAGCCAGCGAUGGACGAAAAGUGUCGAUUAUGUUUGGCUCGGCUGGAAAAUCAACGCUCAAACGCCACCAUCGAGGAGGAGGGUUUUAGAGAAAAGCUUAAAACACUGUUCAGCUUCCCGAUCACCUCAAUCGAAGCAUUCCCAUCGACGGUGUGCGUGCAGUGUGAGGCAAGGGUGUCCGAUUUCCACACCUACCAUGAGCAGGUGAAAAGCAACCAGGAUCAGCUGUGGUCGACCCAGCAUCAGAAGUAUUUCGAAGAGGUCAAGGUAGAGCCCGCCCCGGAUGCCGACUAUGACGUGUUUGAGCUGCCGUUCGAAGAAGCGGAACCGGUUGAAGGUGCGCCGAAGGAGAGCUGUAAAAAUGAACCCGAUUCAAAGUGCCAACAGCAGCAGCUGCAGCAGCUGGACGAGCAGACCAUAGACAGUGAUCUCGAUGAUGGGAUGAAGCUGGAGGAUGAGUACAAUCCUCCGAGCAGCAGCGCUGCUAGCAACAAUAAUUCAGACGACAGUGAGUACGAGGUGAAACCCCGGAGGUCGAAACGCGUGACGGACACGGCAGACCGCACGAGAACGACACGGCGCGGACGGCCCCCGAAAAGUGAGGCAGGCACGAGGUCGCCCGGUGAGCAGAAGAAAAAAUCUCCCAUCGUGGUGCGGCGGUGCCAGGCGACGAACGAAACCAACCAAAAGCUGCGCGAGUUUUACGACAUGAAGUGCGAGAUGUGCGAGGAGCAGCUAGAAUCGUUCACCGCACUGAAGAACCACUACUAUCGAACGCACCGAACGCCCGGCUACAUCAAGUGCUGCGGGCGCACGUUCCACAGCCGGUACCGGUUGCUGGAGCAUCUGUCCUACCACGUCGGCUCGAGCAUGGUGCGGUGCGAGGAGUGCAACAAAACGUUCAGCAGCCGCAGCUACCUGCUGGUGCACAGGAGCCGCGUCCACGGGCAGGCCGAGGAUCGGCCGUACAAGUGCACCCAGUGCCAUCAGUCGUACGCGAUGGAGUGCCACCUGAAGGCGCACAUCGUGUCGCACGUGCGGGUCAACUGUACGAUCUGCGGGAAGGAGCUGGCGAGUGCGCUUUCCCUCCGCACGCACAUGAUCAACAUGCACGGCAACAGGGAGAACCACAUCUGCGAUAGCUGCGGGCGCGAGUUCCGCAGCCGGCAGGCCUUCGAGCGGCACGUCAAGCUACACCUCGGGCUGGAGGUGGCCGAACAGGUGCAGUGCGAGGUGUGCCACAAGUGGCUCAACAGCAAGCGGGCGCUCAAGAUGCACGUGAAGCUGGUGCACAUGGAGGCGGGCCAAACGUUCCAGUGCGAUAUCUGCUCGCAGCAGUGCCCGAACAGCCGGGCGCUGGCCAACCACAAGCAGCGCGUGCACGUGGAGGAGCGGUUUAAGUGUGAGGAGUGCGGCAAGCUGUUCAAGCGGCAGCUCUACCUGAAGGAGCACGUGGCCGCCCUGCACACCCGCAAACCGCUCUACUCCUGCGAGGUGUGCGGUGCUACAUUCAACUCGAACGCGAACAAAUACUCCCACCGCAAGAACAAACAUCCGGUGGAGUGGGAAGAGCGCCGGAAACAGCAGCUGCAGCAGCAACAGGAGCAGCAGCAGCAUCACCAGCAACAGCAGCAGGAACAGGCAGUUAGUUUGUAAAAGAGGCUUAGCUUAGCUUCUCUAUGUAGCGCACAUACUAAUAUUCCCAAAUCCCAUCAUAAGUUAAGUGUCACGUAUGGAUUUAAGAAAGUUUAAGGUCGAAUGCUUUUUAAUUAUACAAAAUCGCGAUUUUCUAGUGCAAUGAUACACAUUUGUAUGCUGGUCAUGUGAGUGGAAUUACACCGAACAGUUCCACUUUGUGAAAUGGUUUUAGACCUGUCCACAAGAACAAGAGGUCCCGACUGAGAUGGUUCCACAAUGGGAGUUGAUUCGGAGAUAAUGCUUCGGUGGGAAAGAUGCAUCAUUAUUUAACAAAACUGUCAACAGAUGCACAAAUUAAGCCACCACAAAAAAGGAUUUUCAAUUGCAAUUGAAAAAUAAAAUGAAAAAAUCACAUAAAAAA